UAUAAAGUGAGCGGAUCUAGAGCAGAAUAUAAGCAAGAGUUUGAUGAGUUGGACACUAUAGUGUGACCACAUGGAUUCCCUCAGGUUGAGUGUUGCCAUCCUUCUGGCCGUUUCCACCUGCUCCUGGGCCGCAGAGAAGGAACUGUCCGUCUCUGAGCUCCUGUGGAAGGCCAACAAGGACGUCGUUCGUAGAGGAGACGAGCCCUUUGUGGUGGAUGACAUUGCUUAUGUCAGUGAAUCUGACAGGAACGCUGACCAGUGCACGUCCAGCAGCUGCUUAUGGCCCAAAUCUGCUGAUGGAAGGGUGUACAUACCCUAUGUGAUCGCUAACCAUUACACUUCUAGUGAGCUCCAAGUCAUUGAGCGCGGCCUGCAGUCGUUCUCUGAGGUUUCCUGCAUCCGAUUUGUCCCUUAUUCUGGCCAGAGAGACUACAUUCACAUCCAGUCACAAAGCGGCUGUUACUCCUACGUCGGCCGCAUCGGCUAUGGUCAGGAGCUGUCGUUGAGCCGUCAGGGCUGCAUCUACCACAACACAGUUCAGCAUGAACUGCUCCACGCCCUCGGCUUCCACCACGAGCAAUGUCGCUCUGACAGGGACCAAUACAUCCGGGUCCUGUGGGAGAACAUCCAGUCCGGUUUGGAGUACGCCUUUGAUAAACUCAACACUGUGAACCUGGACACCUCUUACGACUACAACUCUGUCAUGCAGUACCACAGAUAUGCCUUCUCUGCAAACAACAAGCCCACCAUGGAGCCCUAUCCUGAUCCUAACGUUCCUUUUGGCACAGCUACCCAGAUGAGCAACAACGACAUCACCAGACUGAACCGGCUGUACAAAUGUUGAACUGUGAUGACUCCAGGCGUUCUUUGUCAAGCUCUAUUGGACAUUUUUGAUUCAGCGUCAUCACUCUAACAAUAAAGCAAUGAACUUUUGAGCCAAAA